AUGGCUCAGCCCAACACUCACGUCAUCCACCGCGGCGCCCAAGCUCCGGAAUCGAGCAAAUGGACUCCUUUUGAGUGGGAAGAGCCCAAGUUGGGGAAACAAGUCCACGGCGAAGUCAGCAUUGCACGUGCGUUCGGUGUUUCCGGGAACCUCUCGUCUGGGUUCUGGAGAACUGGACCUACUUCUCCAGGAGCAGCUCCUGAUGGCUCUCACAGCCUUACCUAUUCGUCUCCCCUUGGUGACGAAACGGCCUGUAUUAUCGAUGGUUGUGCCACCCUCACUGUGGUUUCUACCGGCAAGAAGUUUACCGUCAGCCCCGGAGCCAUCAUUAGCUCCCCCAAAGGGCUCGAGGUCCGUUGGGAGAUUGAUUCUCCGUUCUUCAAGAAGUAUUGGUGCAUCUGGAACGGAACCAGUGCUACUGCCAGCCCGCCAACCGACCUCCAAAUCAACCAUGUCAGUGAGAACCCACAAGAGUGGACCGACUAUCAUUUCACUGAGCCCAAGGAAGGCCCAUUGGUAGCUGGCGAGCUCUAUUUCAUCCGCAGCGGCGGUUCGACUGGGACCAUGCUGAGCGGUGUUUGGCGAUCUGGCAAAGGUAUCGCUGGAUCAGACGUGGAUGCUUCUGGAACAUUGAGCACGCCUUACACUGGAGUCCUGGGCGACGAAACGAUUCUGCUUCUUGAAGGCGAGGUAGAUGUCAUAGAGACCGAGAGCGGUGUCAAGCACAGUUUCAAAGCAGGUGAUGCAAUUGGAUUGACCUCGGGAAUGCACAUUACAUGGAUUUCUAAGGGGCCGUUUAGCAAGAAACUCUGGGUUAUUACACGUGACGAGGUUGAGAAUGUUUAG